UGUUGUACCCUCUGCAUCGGCCCCAAAUCCAUCGUGUUCGUCGUCGUCUCGCCGAUGCUUAAACCCUACGAUCUACAAACCCCUAAUCAACUCCUUUUCCCUCUGCACCACAGUGGAUUCAAGAAAAUUGGUGCGCUGAUAGCAGGAAUCAAAGAUUGAAUUUUUUCGUUUCAAUCCGCCUCCAGUUUUUCCUGAAAAUGUCAUUCCAUUCGGUUUUAAUCCAGAAACUCCUCAGCACAAACGCUCACAUCGGCCGCCGCGUGACGGGUCACCACUUCAAGAUUUUCUCCGAGGGCACCCGCAACUCUGUUAGCGUCAUUGAUUCAGACAAGACCUUAAUUUGCCUGCGGAGCGCUUGCAAUUUCAUCGGGAAUCUCGCCCGCAGCAAUGCCCGCUUCCUCUUCGUCAACACCAACUCUCUAUUCGACGAGAUAGUAUCACAAAUGACGCGAACGACUGGGAUCAAGAACGACAACACGUGGCGCCUUGGAGGCUUCUUGACGAAUAGUUCGAGUCCAAAGAAGUUCCGCGGGAGGAACAAGAAGUUGAAUCUCAGCGCUGUUCAGCCUCCGGAUUGCAUAGUGAUUCUCGACGCAGAGAGGACGACUUCAGUGAUCCAGGAGGCAUACAAAUUGCAGAUUCCCGUUGUUGGAUUGGUAGAUUCGAGCAUGUCCUGGGACACUUACAAGAAGAUAACCUAUCCAGUACCGGCCAAUGAUUCAGUGGAGUUUGUGUAUUUGUUUUGCAAUUUGAUCACCAAAACUAUCUUGAAAGAGCGGAAGGAGGCUGAGAUCGACAUGGAUGAGACAAUGACUGCUCGUGGUGUUCUACCGGAAGACCAGACUGAUGCGGCAGGAAAAAAAAUUGUCUUCUCAUAUGAAAACAUAGAAGCCAUUCCUGAGGAUGUCUCGCAUACUAAGCAACUUUUGGACAAGCUUGUUGUGUUGAAGUUUAACAAUGUCCUUGGGACUCAGGUUGGGUUUAAUGGCCCGAAGUGUGCUGUGGAAAUUAGUGAUGGCUUGACUUGCCUUGAUUCAAUAAUCAAUCAAAUUGAGGUUCUCAAUGCUAAAUAUGGAUGCAAUAUUCCUCUAGUUUUAGUGAAUGCAGUCAAUACACAUGAAGGUAUACUGAAGGUCUUGGAGAAACACUCGGAUAAGAAUGUUCAUUCAGUUAUACAGAGCCAACCUGACCCAGAAACUGCUGGCAAUUUUGAGCUUCCCUCAGCUAAAGAGCAAGAUAACCGAGAUGAAAUGGAUUCUUUCAAUCUUGCUGAGGCCAUCCUUCCGCUGGUGGAUAGCGGAAAAUUUGAUAUAUUAUUAUCUCAGGGCAAAGAGUACAUUCUAAUGUUGAGUUCAGACAAUGUUGCCCAUGUAGUCGAUCCGAAAAUUUUAAAUCAUUUGAUUCAGCACAAUAUUGAGUGUUGCUUGGAGGUGAUGCCUAAACCCUCAGAAGUAGAAGAGAGUGAAUCUUCUCAAAAUCAAGAGGAUACUCCGAUGCUGACCCCGAAGAAAAAUUGGAGAUUCAUUGACACGAUGUGGAUGGACAUGAAUCUCAUAGCAAAACUUUUGGUUAGACAUACUGCCAAAGAACAAUUGACUGCUUCAAAGCUGUUUGAUCAGUAUUUUGCUCUAAAUGUUCCCAAGUCAAGAUAUCUUCCAGUUGCAAAAAUAUCAGACCUAUUCUUGCUGAAGUCAGAUAUUUACACUUCGGCUGAGGGAACCCUUAUCCGAAAUCCAGCAAGAGAAAAACCAACUGACCCAUCCAUUGAAUUAGGACCAGAAUUUGUCAACGACUUUCACAAGCGUUUCAAAUCCAUCCCCAAUGUUCUUGCCCUUGACAGCUUGAAGGUCACUGGUGAUGUCUGGUUUGGAGAUGGUAUUACUCUUAAGGGAAAAGUCAGCAUCCACGCUCAACCAGGGAUGAGAUUAACAGUUCCCGACGGCGCAGUGCUGGAAAACCGGAUUAUCACUAGCCAAUGGGAACUUGAAGCAUGAUCCUUCUAAGCUUCAUCAACCGAAGAUUUUGUGCAGUCGCAGAAGUUACUUAUUCCAAAUUUUGUUAUUCAAGCAUCAUUCCCUUACCAUAUGUCCCGAAAGGAAAACAACCAUAUACAAUCAAUAAGCUAAGUCCUUUAAACAUAUAUUCAGUCGACAUUAACGUAUUCUUUUCUCUCCCAAUAGAUUUACUGAAUGUGCAUCCACACGGAAUUUCAUAUGUGAAUGCAUAUUAUCAAUUUAUUCUUCGCCAA